GAAGUGGUGGAGAAGUUCAGUGUUCUGAGAAAACAGAACAAGAGGAUAGAACUUUGGGACGUUCGGAACUGUGGUGGCAGCAUGUGAAUCUGACGGAACUGAGACCGAGGGACCAGAGGACGAUGUGAGAGCGCUGGGACUCUGUAGAACCAGGGUGUGAGAGCGCUAGUAGACUGCCAGGACUCGGACAUGUCGAUCACUGUCAGCCUGAAGAGGAUCACUAACCUCCCAGGGAGGUACGAUCGCAAGGUGGAACUCUCUUUCAGAGGGUUCACACAUAAAACCAAGAUCCUUCAGUGUGAAAACCUGGCCAUCUUCAAUGAGCAAUUCCGAUGGCCUCAUUAUGGGAAAGGGAUCGGAAACGAGGUUCUGACUAUCAGUGUCUACAACUGCAGCAAAGUCUUCAGCAACAGGCUGAUAGGGAAGCUGGUGGUCGGCCUGCAACACGUGGUGACGUCAGGACGAAUGGUGCUGAGAGAACGUCUGACUGCAGCCAACUACAGCCUGACUGAUAUGUAUGUGGAGCUGGAUAUUCGAUACCAGCCCAUCCAGGGAUCAGCUGGAGGCUGGGAGGGAGACGAGUUCCUGGACUUGGAGGACGGAGACGAGUCAGGGCUGGUGAUCCGGAACACAGCGUUUGCAGAUGCAGGGCCCAGGCAGGCUCUGCGACCUGAGCAUCUGGACCGGGCUGCCCGGAGGAUCGGCCGGGAGCUGCUUCGCACUGGAGACGAGGAUGACGAAGAUGGUGAUGAUGAUGACGAUGACUUUGACAUGGAUAGUAUGGAGACUUCCAACAUGACAUUCACACCCAUACUGAGUCGUUGCAGGGCUCUGUCCAGACAUGGCCAGACUGCCAUUCCCAGAGUCCAGAGCUUCCAGGUGAAUGUUAGCAUCCUGGAGGCUCAGAAGCUGCAGGGAGUGAACAUUAACCCUGUAGUGUUCCUCCGUGUGGAGAAGGAGAAGAGACACACCGCUACUCAGAAGUCCACCAACUGUCCCUUCUACAAUGAGAACUUUGUGUUUGAGUUCCAUGAGACUCAGGAUGUCUUGUUUGAUAAAGUCAUCGAAAUGACGGUGGUCAACAAGAAGUUGCUGGGACUCCUGAUGAAACGCAUCGGAAUGUUCAAGAUCGACAUCAGCACCGUCUACAGCCAGCCAGACCACAGUUUCCACCAGAAGUGGGCUCCUCUGACCGACCCAUCCGACACCCGCUCAGGGAUCCGGGGAUACGUCAAGGCCAGCAUCACCGUGGUGAGGAAGGGAGACGACCUCAGCAUACCGUCAACCGGCGCCAAGAACGACGAGAUCGACAAGAACCUGCUGCUGCCCAGGGGGAUGCCAGCGGAGCGGCCCUGGGCCCAGUUCCUGGUGAGGGUGUACCGGGCCGAGGGUCUGCCCAGCAUGAGCGCUGGCUUCCUGGGGAACUUCUCCAAGAUGAUGGACAGGAACGUCUUCAUAGACCCCUACGUCCAGGUCACCUUCGCUGGGCAGCAGGGAGAGACUUCCGUGGUGUCAGGCACCAACAGUCCCACGUGGAACGAGCAGAUCUCCUUCAUCGAGCAGUUCCCACCCCUUGCUCGACGAAUCAAAAUCCAGAUCCUUGAUGAUGCUAAUAUUGGCGAUGUCGCUGUGGCAACACACUUCCUGGACCUUCAACAGAUCUCUGACCCAACCAGAAAUGGGUUUGACCCAACCUUCGGCCCUUCCUGGAUCAACCUGUACGGUUCUCCCAGGAACUCAGCCCUGAGGGACGUCCACCAGGCCAUGAACGAGGGGCUGAGCGAAGGCAUCUUCUACCGCGGACGGCUCCUGUUGGGCCUCAGCGUGGAGGUCUACUCCUCGCCCAACUCUGCUGCCGCGGACACCCAACCCUCCCCCGGCGUGAAGGGGGCGCUGGGCCGCCUGAAGAGGAGGAGCAAGAAAACCAAGGAGAGGAAGCAGGAUGCUGGAUCUGCAGUGGAGUCAGAAGAGGCAGGCAUGGAGGUACCAGAGGCAGUCACUGUGGAAGUGAAGGAGGUCCACCCCAUGCCUGAGGGUUUGGUGGGAGAGAAGGAGGAGUUUCUGCUGUUCGCCUCCUUUUUUGAAAUCACCAUGAUGGACCCUGUCAUAGGGAGCAAGUCAAUCACCUUCGAACUGUCUAUAGGGAACUAUGGGAAGGUGGUGGAGGUGGCGAAGUCCAAAAAAAGUGGCAGCAAGGAGGAGCUUAGCAGGAGCAGAGAUGAUCUUUCCAGGAGCAGGGAUGACCUACGCAGGAGCAGGGAUGAUCUUUCCAGGAGCAGAGAUGACGUGAGCAUAGGCAUGGAGGAUCUGAGCGAUGACGGCCAGCCUCUGUUGGGGUCUGAAGACGAGCUGGAGAGGGGGCAGCUCUUGGACCCUGGGCCUUUGGACAGGUCUGUAUCCAAGCCGAGAAAACCACAGCCCACUGAGUUUGACAGGUCGUUCCGCUGUGUUCCCCUCAGGGGAGAGAAGCCCUGUCUUUACCUCUGGUGCUGCUUCGAGGACCACAGCUUCCGCUAUUACAGUUCUAAUUGGUUACACAAGAUUGCUGACAGGCUGGAGAUAGGUUUGGAGGAGGUGGAGGGUCUUCUGAAGAGGCCGAGGAACAGGGUCAAGGACCUCCUGGGGGAGGUUCUCACAGAGUUUGUGGCCAGCUGCAAACAGUACUGCUCCAAUGCAUUCAAGAAGGGAGCUUACAAACCCAACAACCUGGACAAACGCAGACGAGAGUUGCUCCGGAAGAGAAUCCUGUUGCUGGCCAGGGCAGCGCUGCGUGCCAGGAGGAGGGUGACCAGGAGGACAGCUCCAGAGAAGCUGUCAGAAGCAAACAAGAUCCUCAAGAAGCUCCUACAGCUCGCCAAAGAGCCCCAGAGCACCCUGCCAGAUGUGUUUCUGUGGAUGCUGAGUGCAGGGCGGAGGCUGGCCUACUGCCGGAUCCCCUCACACUCCAUCCUGUUCUCUCUGGUGGAGGAGCAGAGAGGCAAGGACUGUGGCAAGCUGUCCACCGUCUACAUGAAGACCCCUGGUGGCCCUGUGGGAGAGAUCUUCGCCAAGCUCGAGGUGUAUCUGUGGCUGGGCAUCACCAAGUACGCCAAAAACUGCACCAUCAGCCUGCCUGGAGAGUUCCUGCCUGUCUGUGAGCCGAUGCCAGCUGGGGUGCCCAUGCCCACCAACAUGCCCCCCAUCUCCCUGACCUGCCAGGACAGUCGUUACUUCCAGCUGCGUUGCCAUAUGUACCAGGCACGUGGCAUCAUCGCUUCAGAUGACACCGGUCUGUCGGACCCCUUCACCAAGGUGCUGUUCUCCACGCAGUGCCAGGUCUCACGGAUCCUGAACCAGACCCUGUCCCCUACCUGGUGUGAGCUGCUGCUGUUUGACAGGAUCUUGAUUGAGGGCACCAAGGAGGACCUGAGGGAUGACCCUCCAAUCAUCGUCAUCAGCCUCUACGACUUCGAUGUCAUGGGAAAAAAUGACUCUCUGGGCCGGGCGUUUGCAGAGCCAGAGUUGAAGUUUGUGGAGGAGCCUUACAAGAAGCCUGGACUGAAGUUCUUCAACAUCACCAGGGGGCGUUCCCAUGCUGGCCAGCUUCUGGCAGCGUUUGAGCUGAUAGAACUGGACUACUCCUGCUUUGGAGAGCCGUCCCUCAAUGCAGAUGUGGACCCUCAGGAGCCCCAGUUCCUGGACGAGGAGAGGUGCUACGUCAUACCUGAGGGUGUCCGGCCAGUCCUCAAGACCUUCAGGAUAGAGGUGAGGGGUGUUGUUCUGGGCCUGAGGGACCUGUGCAGGGUGAACCUGUUCGAGGUUGAGCGGCCCCAGGUGAGGAUAGAGUGUGCGGGCCACUGUCUGGAGUCGGAGGAGAUGGAGAACUAUAAAGUCACACCCAACUUCAAGGAGAUCGUCAGACACUUCCAUGUGGACCUUCCAGAGCAGGUAUACCUGCACCCGCCCCUCACCAUCUUCGUUCUGGAGCAGCGUGCGUUCGGGCGCAUGGUGCUGGUCGGCACACACGUGGUCCAGAGCCUGAUGGCCUUCGGGCCCCAGAAACCUGGAGACUGGGAUGAGGAGGAGGAGGAGCCUAAGAGGCCAGUGAAGCCCUCCAUCCGGAAGACCACCCCUCUGGUCACAAUGAAGACCAUGCAGCUGGGAAACCUGCCCAUCAAGAUGUCCAAGAUCCCAAAAAACCUGAUUCCGUUUCAGAAGCAGAAGAAGAAGGAGGAGCUUGAGGAGGAUGUCCCAGAGAAGGAAGAACUGGAUUGGUGGUCAAAAUACUAUGCAUCACUGGAUGAGCUGGCGAAACUGCAGGCGGAGAAUGAGGAAGACCUUGAAGAUCAACAGGAAACAGAUGUAGCCAAUAUGACAUUGGAAGGUUUGGAGGAGGAGAUAGAAGAGGAGGUAAAGGAGAUCGAACUACCCAAACCCAAGCGCAAAAAAAUAUCUACUAUCCAGUUUUUCUUACCGCUGAUUGAACUGUACUUUUCGGACUUUAUUGUCCCCAUGGUGCAAGGUACUGUAUGUUACAAAACAAACAUUGAUCAGCAUGAUGUGUUUUGGUUUCCUCAGGGCUCCUUCCUCAUCUACCCCAUCUCUCCCGAGGACGAGGAGGCUGAGUGUCAGAUCACCAAUGGACUUCCACGCAACGCCCCCGUCAAGGUUCUGAUCAGGGUGUACAUGGUGAAGGCCACCAACCUGGCCCCUAUGGACCCCAACGGGAAGGCUGACCCCUACCUGGUUCUGAAGGUGGGUCAGCAGAAACAGGACACCAAGGACCGCUACCUGCCAAAACAGCUCAACCCCGUGUUUGGAGAGGUUUUUGAGAUUAGCGUGUCGUUCCUGGAGACAGUGCUGACAGUGUCUGUGUAUGACCACAACACCCUGGGAUCUGAUGACAUCAUUGGCGAAACAAGCAUUGACCUGGAGAACCGCUUCUACAGCCGCCAUUACGCAGGCUGUGGCAUUGCACUGUACUACGACCGGGAUGGUUAUAACAUGUGGAGGGAUUCCAAGAAGCCCACUGUCAUCCUGGCAGAAUUCUGCCUGAAGAACGGCAUUCCCUCUCCGGAAUACCGCGAGUCGGAGGUCAAAGUCCUGAACAAGAUCUUCAAGGUUCCACCUGAAGCCUUUCCUGAAGAGCUGCUGAAGAAGAACAACCGUUCCCCCGAGGAGGAGGCAGAGCUGGAUGAACACAAGGCCCUGAGUGUGCUGCAGCGCUGGGGGGAGAUGAGGGAGUUCUGCCUGGGAGCCUGCCCCCUGGUGCCCGAGCACGUGGAGAUGCGCUCACUGUGGAAUUCGGACAAGCCAGGACUUCCCCGGGGUUUUGCCCACAUGUGGAUAGACAUGUUUCCUGUUGACAUUCCACCACGUCCACCAAUCGACAUCAAGCCACGCCUACCAAUACAGUAUGAGCUGCGGGUGAUCAUCUGGAACACGGAUGACGUGGUGCUGGGUGUCAACCCUUUCACAGGCACCGCCUCCAGCGACAUCUACGUCAAAGGCUGGAUCAAAGGGCUUGAGAAGGAGAAGCAGGAGACGGAUGUCCACUUCCACUCUCUGACCGGCGAGGGGAACUUCAACUGGCGUUUUGUCUUUCGCUUCGACUUCCUGCCCACAGAGAAGGAGAUCAUCUACAAAAAGAAGGAGACCAUCUUCUCCAUGGACGAGGUGGAGUUUCGCCAGCCUGCUGUUCUGAUGCUGCAGGUCUGGGACUAUGACCUCAUCGGAUCCAACGACUUCCUGGGCUCCAUCGAGCUGUGUCUGCCUGACAUGGUGAGGGGAGCAAAGUCCUCAAGCCAGUGCAGCAUCAAGAUGGCCAAGGACCGAGCCACACCACGCUUCUCCCUCUUCCGCAGCAAGAGGAUCAAGGGCUGGUGGCCACUGGUCAAGCCCAAGAGCCAGGAGGACAUAGAGAGGGAGAAGAAGGAGGAGGCCGAGGACAUGAAGAAAGGAGGAAAGAAGAAGAAGAAGAGCAAACGCAGCAAGAUGAACGUUGAGGACCUGGAGUUCACAGAGAGCGGCGUCACCUACCUCCUCAUGGGGAAGGUGGAGGCAGAGAUCCAGCUGGUGAUUCUUGAGGAAGCAGAAAAAGCUCCUGUUGGGAAGGCCCGGAAGGAACCAGAACCUCUGGACAAACCAGAUCGACCAAACAUGACGUUCAGCUGGUUCAUCAACCCACUGAAGACGUUUGUGUACUUCAUCUGGAGGAACUAUAAGAAGUACAUCAUCGCCCUGGUGGUCCUGGUGGUGCUGGCGCUCUUUCUCGGCCUCGUCCUCUACACCAUCCCCGGACAGAUCAGCCAGGCCAUGUUCAACGGCUGACGUCCACAAGCGUGUCAGAGAUCACAAUCAAAACACUGUCUUCCAAUUCCGAGGGCUUAAUCUGCAGUUCACGCCAAUUUUUCGUUCAUUUUGUACUGCAGGAAAGGGAGCGUCGAACGACUACAACGCUCGUUCCCAAAGGUUUGUUAGUAAACAAGGCUGAUUGAGAGUUUAACUUUGACGACUGAGGUUUAGAAUAGAAGUUUCAGUUUAUGAUGUGGAGGGGGUACUCUUCAGCUGGAGAGAAAUUUGACUUUCUUCCUGUCUGAAACAAUACAACACAAACUUCUUUAGAUUCUGAUUUCAAUUAAAGAUGGAACAAUGAACUGUGAUGAAACACAGAACAAUGAUACAUACUUACUGAUGAUGUGUUUACUGAUUUAUAUAUAUUUGAAAUGUUUAAUCUGUGCCAUUUUUGUAUUUCAAUACACACGAAAACACUGUUAAAUGAACUGUAUCAUUUAAAAAUAAUAUUUAAAGCGCAAGCUCCAACGGAAAUUGGAUUCUAAAAAGUAGGUGUUCAAUAAGUGUAAUGAGUUUAGUACCAGCUGGGAUUCAUUUGAAAAACGCAAUGAGCAUGGUGGUAAUGUCAACGUUGAUCUGAGUUUGGAUGUUCAAUUUAAAUAAACCUCAUAUCCAGCA